AAUAGAAGAAAAAUUGCGCGAAGCUCAACGUUACGUACAGAAUCCGAGUAUUAAUUUUAAAAAUGAACGAUUGCCACCUGAUGAUGAGCUAUCUUAUACAAAAAAUGUUGUAUGUGUUACAAUCAGUGGUCCAGAACAGAUGUACAAUUUAUCUUUGGUCGACUUACCCGGAAUUACAAGAAGUGAUGAAAACAAUGAAGCUUUUGUGUUAUCUUUGGUAAAUGAGUAUAUUAAAAAAGAAUCAACAAUCUUGGUUCCUGUAUUUCAGGCAACUUCUGAUAUAGCUACACAAUGCGCGUGUCGUCUUGCGCGUGAAACAGAUCCAAACGGUCAACGUACAGUAGGUGUCCUAACAAAGAUGGAUCGUAUCGUCGAUCAUCAAAGUGAUGACGAAAAACACCUUGAACUUGCUACUCUUGUAAAAGGUCAAGGACUUGUAAAUGGUACUUAUGUUAUAAGAAAUCCUUCCAGUGUUCUUUCAGAAAUCCAUGAGGAUCCAGAUGAAUUGGAAAAGGAAACAAUUAGAAAACUUAAACAACAUAUAAUCUGGGAAGAUGUGCCAUUUGAUCGAUUCGGAUUGCAAAAUCUAACGAUGAAAUUAAGUGAUUUACAAAGAAAAGAACAUAAACGGUCAUUGCCAAAAAUUCGUUCUUUUUUGGAAGAUCGAAGAACUGAAUUUGAAGAAAAAUUAAAUGCACUUCCACUACCAUUAGAUACAAAUUCAAUUAUACAUUACUUAUCCAAUAAAGUAAUGAAUACUCAAGUACCAUUACUUGCUGCAAUAGCAGGGACGAUAGUUUGCAUGUAUUUUAAAAAAAAAUUAUAUUAAUAUAUAUUAUAUAUUAUAUUA